AUGACGUCGUUGGGUUGGGCUGUAUCGUGGCAUUUUUUGUUUGGAAACGCAAGCAGAAUUGUAAACAUGCAGAUAAUCGAUGCUACAAUCUUCCAUCCACUACUGCACAUUCUGGAAUCAGUCGUGGAACUUCAAACGGUAACACGGGUAGAACGACCUCCUCAAUGGCCGACCAAGGGAGCAUCAACUUAUACUCGUCAGCAACAACGACAGUCGCAGUACGAGAACCAGCGCCAGUACGAAUCGCAGUACGAGAACCAGCGCCAGUACGAAUCGCAGUACGAGAACCAGCGCCAGUACGAAUCGCAGUACCAACGUCACUAUGACCCGGGGGAUUCGUUGCCACCGCCACCUCCUCCUCCUGAGAUGCCCAUGCUGGAACCUCAGGAGUACAAUGAUCCUGGUCUAUUAAUGAUGGAGCUGCAGCGGAGCCAAAUGUGGGGAAAAUCUAGUGUGGAAGAAGUGCAGAGGAGACAAACGGAUCCGGCUGUAAUUGCGCGCACACAAGCAGCAGCGGAAAAGGUGAUGGCGGAGCUGGGAGAAGACCCUGAAUUCGAAGAAAGCUGGAUCCCGUACAACUCACUUUACUUCACGCGCGCGAUCUCCCAGGGAGCUUUUGGAGAGGUGUGGCUGGCCCAGCUGGAAAACACUCAGGUCGCCGUCAAGAAAAUUUUAGACGAGAAAAAGCACGACGUGAAGGAAAUCGAGUGUUUUGGAGAAGAAAUUAAGCUUAUGGCGUUAUUAAAGCAUCCAAAGAUUGUCGGGUUCAUUGGCGUCUCAUGGAGUGACACGCAGGAUCUGUGUGCAGUAACGGAGUUUAUGGCCAAGGGCGAUUUGUGCUGUUACUUGGAACGUCGUAAGGGCAAGCUCAACUGGCCAAGUCAUAAUGUGUGGUUAGCCGAGGACAUUGCCGAGGCUCUAGUGUACCUCCACUCGCUAUCACCAAAGAUCAUUCAUCGCGACCUCAAGUCCAAGAAUAUUUUACUUGACAACAAGUUCCGUGCAAAACUGAGUGACUUUGGCAUCAGCCGAAAACGUUCUGCAGAGGAGACAAUGACGGCAGGUGUUGGCACUAUCUAUUGGACUGCUCCUGAGGUGCUCAUGGGCAAAAAGUACACCGAGAAGGCCGACAUUUACUCUUUUGGCAUUGUCAUGUCGGAAAUGGACACGUGCGAAGUACCGUACUCGGACCAACGCGACAACUCUGGCAAGGAGCUUUCGAGCAUGAAGAUCAUUCAGCUGGUAAUUCGUCAGACUCUUCGACCGUCGUUCUUGGAAAAUUGUCCGGAGCAAAUUAAGGCGCUUGCUGACCGUUGCUUAAAUUCCAACCCGGACGUACGUCCAGGCGCACCCGAGCUGCUUGAUAUUUUACGCGACAUCCAGAAUGAUUUGCAGCAAUAG